AUGCUAUAUCACAAAAUUUUACAACAAGAUUGGACUAUACAAAAAAAAGUAUGGGCAUUAUUAUCAGAGUGGACAUUGUUUGUCACUGUGCUGAUGUUGCAAAAAAAAACAAGUACUGGGUUAAGAACUACAAAAAGUGUUGCUGCUAGUUGUUUAUGCAAAAUAGUAGUUUAUUGGAUUAAAUAUGAAUAUCAUAUGAGAUCUGCUCAUAUUAAACACAACCAUUCUAUGGAUAUCAUUGUAAUUUCAUUUGACUCUAAAUACUGCAAAUUAAGUCAUAGUAAAAAAAAUCAAAUGAGAAUAUUAUAUGAUAGUGGUGUACUAGUUUUAACAAUUAUUAAAAUGUUAAGUGAACAAUAUAGCAGAUAUAUUCACAACAAGGAUGUCUACAAUUCUUUAAAUCACUAUUUAUAUAACUAUAUAAAAGGCUUGUUACAAAUAUCAGAACUUUUAACUCAUUUAUAUAACAAUAGUAAAUCUGUAAUUACAUAUUUAAUUAAUAAUAAUAGGCUUCACUGUUUGUUUUUUGCUACUCAAUCUGCACUUACAACAUUUAAAUGUUAUCCGGAGGUCAUGUUAAUAGAUACUACUUAUAAAACUAACCAUUUUGGUAUGCCACUUUUAUUUAUUAGUAGGGUCAAUGCAAUAGGAAUUACAUUUCUUAUAGCAACAGUUGGUAAUAAUGUUAUUAAUAAGAUACAAACAAUUUUAAUGAAUAGAGAUUCUGCCAUACUUCCUGCAAUUAGAACUGAACUUCUACAUGUUAAGCAUCAAAUUUGUAUUUGGCACAUUGAACAAAAUAUUGUUAAGAAUUUAACUAGCAAGCUUAAUAAUAAAUUUGUAGUAUUUACUAUACUUUAUAGUAUUGAGGAACAAGAUGUUAGUUUAUUUAAAGUUUUUAUUGAAAAUUAUGACUAUACAGUAUAUCAUACUAAUAUAGAAUUAGUAUAUCAUUAUGGUUAUAAUAUACAAUUUGCUUUACUAUGCCAUCAUAUUAUUGCUAUCCAUCUUACUCAUAAAGAACCCCUAGAAGUUAAUUAUAUUGGUACUCAUUGGAUUAUUCUAAUAAUUGACACAAAUAAUAUAACACAAUCUGAAGAGUCUUAUAAUGUUAUUAACAAUAAAAAUUCUUCAACUAUUGUAUUGUUUUCUUUAAACAAUAAUGCUUAUAAAAUUCUAAUCAGCAAACAAUCAAUAUUUAAAAGCACAGUUGAUUUAAUUAAGAAAAUUGAAGUGAUUGCUAAUAGAGUUGGCCAUGUUGAAAUUAACAAUAGUCUUUCUCUUUUUAUAAAUAAGUUGAAUAACCAAUAUCCUUUACAACAAGUCAAUAUUGGUGAUUCUAAAAAUGUUAAAACAAAAGGAAGAUCUAUAUUUGUAAUGGCACAGGAUAUAACUCCAGAAGUUGUACUUGCAAGGUAA